AUGAGCGCUGGCCGUAGCGAAGCGUCGACGCGGACUGCGCGCGCCCGCGUCCGCUCCGUUGGACGAACGCGGCAUCGGUGCCAUCUUUGCAGUUGCGAGCAAGUCGACUCGGCGCCGGUUGACGCUUCCCCAGCUAGCCUAGCUUGCUAGCCGCUAGCAAGGCGAAGCUUUUCGAUCAUCGUGUUCAAAUGUGUGCAGAACGUGUGAAAGAAGAAGAGCACGCGGAGGGAGGGACGGAGGAGUUUGGUCGCGAGCUGCGACCUCAACGUGACGACUUCGACGCGGCAGACGUCAGCGGAGAAGAUCUUCAUCCUGAGAUGCAGGCGCCAGAAAAGGCUCACAUUAAAGAGGAGGAGGAGCCAGAUUUAGCUGACGCGAGAAAGGAAGGAGAGCCAGACGAGCUCGCGCACGUUAAAGAUGAAGAGCAGGAGGAUGAAAUCAGCAAGUUCCCUUUGGCUGGUGUCACGUUGAAGAGCGAAGAAGACGAAGGGGACCCCAGUGGAGGAUCCCAACCGCACGGCCUCUUCGCGCCCCUAUCAGAGAGCGACGACGUCACGUCACACUCUUCCGAUUACGAUGACGAUGAACACUCUCAAGGGGAUAGGCUGACUCGCCAAAGUGACAUCAAAUGUUCUUACUGCAGCAAAACGUUUUGCAGAAAGUCGUUGUUGAAAAAACACACGAGAACACACACCAAGCCUUUUGUCUGCUUAGUUUGUGGCCAGCGAUUCUCGAGACAGGCGACUUUAACGAUGCACACGAGAACACACACGGGAGAAAAACCUUUUGCCUGCUCAGUUUGCGCGAAAAGAUUCUCCCGAAAGGGGAGUUUGAAAAGACACACAACAACACACAGCGGAGAAAAACCUUUUGCGUGCUCAGUUUGCGAUAAAAGAUUCUCUAGAAAGGGACAUUUAAUCGAUCACACAAGAAGACACACGGGAGAAAAACCUUUUGCCUGCUCAGUUUGCGGCGAAAGGUUCAUGCAGAGUGGCGAUUUGAAAAUGCACACAAGAGCACACGCUGGCGAGAAACCAAUUAGUCAGCGUGUGUGAUCAGAAUGCAUUUUGACUCACGUGUGCCGGAACUCAAGUACAUUGAGUUGCCUUGUGUACGAACGCCGCAAUCCCGAAUAAAGCUGCAGAAUAAACCGGGAGAAACUGA